CUGUCUGUCGUGUUUUGUGCCGAAUCGAAGAGAAACAUCACAUGACAGAGUUUCUACUGAAUCUGGAGAGUCAGACAAACAGGAAACAGAUGGAUUCAUCAAAACCAGACUCGUUUUUCCUGAGAAGCACUUCAGUACUUUCUCUCAAUGAGCGCUUCUCAAAGGUUCCGGUGAAACAGCCGGCACCGUCCAGGACGGUGACCUUUGACCCCGUCCGGCUGCAGCAGAGCGGUGUGUGCGACGCCCAGCCGGCGGUCCUGCUGCUGGAGAGGCCGACGGCAUCGCUGCUCAGCCUGCAGACUCGCGGCUCGUCCGUGAAGCAGCGUCCGAGGAGGAGGAGGAGCGUGUGGACUCGACUCGGCUGGCAGAGCGAGGCCCGUCGCCUCUCGGCCGCCGCACCUCGAGGCUUCUGGAGCUUCAGGAACAAGUUCAGGUGGAGGGCCAGGUUCUCCUCCACCUACAGGAGAUGGCGUGACCUGCGCAGUCGGCCCGGUCAGCGGCGCCUCCUGAUGAGGAGGAGCAUCCAGAGAGUGGCUGCAGGACAAACACGGCCCAGUCUGCACCCGCAGAGGAGCGGGGCCACAGGAUCCAGGGGGCGUGGCCUGAGGAAAGCCUACGUGCCAACCAAGAAGCAGCUGGACGCUCAGCUGGACGAGUACAUGUCACGGUCCAGGAGCAGAUUGGACGCUCAGCUAGACGAGUACAUGUCGACGUCCAAGAGGCGUCUGGACGCUCAGCUGGACGAGUACAUGCUGAUGGCGGGACAGGUGGAGGGGGCGGAGCCUCUCUGGGACUGAGGCUGCGGCUGGUCUUCUGGUUAGUUUGAUUUAAGGACUGAACAAAACUUCAUUUGAUUUAAACAGACUCUACCGAGUUCAGGUGUCGGGGUCUGUGAUUGGUCGCCGCUCCCAGGUGGAGGAGCUCUUGACUUUGUGUUGAAGCAGGAAGUGAGCAUAUGUUGAUUAAACAGUGAGGGGUGUGUUUGGUUCGCUCACCUUUUGUUUGUUUGCUCUGAUUGAGCCAUGUGUACUUCACCGACCUCUCCAUGUGUUAGAACUUUCUGAGGCUGCACUUUUGUUCCCAGAAUUUAAAAAUCUAUAUUUUAAUAAAAGUUGUUACCUGCA